CCGCCCUUCUCCCCCUCCCCUUCGCAUUCCUCUGAAGUGAGGGAAGAGCGUGAGGAAACGUCGAGCCACGUGACCAAGGGACGCGGCGAAGGAUCGUCCGGGCAGCCCGCCACGUGAUGCGAGGGAAGGCGGCGAGGGAGCUUGUGGUGACGACGCCGAGGAGAGACAGGAGCACGCGUGCGCACUGGCGUUUCCCUGGGCGCGAGGGGCAAGGGAGACGGGAGGGGCGGCGGAGUCCGGGCGAUGGUCACGUGGCUGCGCAGUGGCGUCGCGCGUCUCCGGGCAGAAGAAGGCGGCGGCCGCGGCGGCAGCAGCAGUUCCAGCAGCCGAGCCGUCCUGCUGAGGUCACGUGGCGCAGCGUCACCCGCCGCCGCGAGCCUUUCCCUCGUCGCGCGCCGCCGCGCCGCCCCCUCCCUCCCCCUGCCCUCUCUGCGCGAGGGGAGGGCAGGCGGGCGCGCAAAGAUGGCGGCGGCGAGUUAGAAAGCGGCUGAGGCGUCGAGGAGGGAGAGCAGCUCGGCGGAAGGAAUCCCGGCCAGAAUGGUGGAACCAGGACAAGAUCUGUUGCUUGCUGCUUUGAGUGAGAGUGGAAUCAGCCCAAAUGACCUGUUUGAUAUUGAGUCUACAGAUAUGGGUCUUGCAACCCCAGCUCCAGCUGUUCAGCAGGUUGAUAAACCAAAAACACUUAAAUUGGUUACUUCAGCCCCAGUUAGUGCCUUAGAACUGGGCAUGGAGACUGAAGCAUCACUUGCUGUUAAAACAGAACCACAGACUGCAUCUUCUCCAGCUGUACUGAACAUCAGGCAACCACCAUCAACUACAACCUUUGUGUUGAAUCAAAUAAACCAGCUUCCUACUCUGGGAACUACCAUAGUAAUGACAAAAACAACCCCAGUCACCACUACCAGGCAGACGAUCACUGUAGCAAAAAUUAUACAGACCAGCACCACUACCAGGCCGUCAGUUGCAGCGCCAGCAGUUCGGAAUGCCCUGACGUCCACAACUCCCAAGGACCAGAUCCAGCUAAAAGAUCUGCUAAAAAACAAUAGUCUUAAUGAGCUGAUGAAGCUGAAGCCACCUCCCAACAUUGCUCAGCCGGUUGCGACAGCUGCAACUGAUCUAAGCAAUGGUACUGUAAAAAAGGAGGCAUCUACUAAAGAGGUAGCAAGAAUAUGGAUAAAUGACAUGAAAAUGAGAAGCUUUUCUCCUACAAUGAAAGUUCCAGUAGCAAAAGAGGAAGAAGAGCCUGAAGAAGAAGAUGAAGAAGAAAUGGGUCAUGCAGAGACGUAUGCAGAGUACAUGCCCAUAAAAUUAAAAAUUGGUCUGCGUCAUCCUGAUCCAGUGGUAGAAACCAGCUCUCUCUCCAGUGUUACCCCUCCAGAAGUUUGGUAUAAGUCUUCAAUUCCUGAAGAGAGUAUUGAUAGUGGCUGGCUGUCAGCAUUGCAGCUUGAAGCUGUUACAUAUGCAGCACAGCAACAUGAAACAUUCCUACCCAAUGGAGACAGAGCUGGUUUCUUGAUAGGUGAUGGUGCAGGUGUAGGAAAAGGAAGGACCAUAGCUGGAAUAAUAUAUGAGAACUACCUCUUGGGUAGAAAAAGGGCAGUAUGGUUUAGUGUUUCAAAUGAUUUGAAAUAUGAUGCAGAAAGAGAUCUGAGAGAUAUUGGAGCAAAAAACAUUUUGGUUCAUUCAUUAAACAAGUUCAAAUAUGGAAAAAUUUCUUCAAAACACAACGGGAGUGUGAAGAAAGGUGUCAUAUUUGCCACCUAUUCCUCUCUUAUUGGAGAAAGUCAGUCUGGGGGCAAAUAUAAAACCAGGCUCAAACAACUUCUUCACUGGUGCGGAGAUGACUUUGAUGGAGUUAUAGUAUUUGAUGAAUGUCACAAGGCUAAAAAUCUUUGUCCUGUUGGGUCAUCAAAACCGACUAAGACAGGUUUGGCGGUUCUGGAGCUGCAGAAUAAACUUCCAAAAGCCAGAGUUGUCUAUGCUAGUGCCACAGGUGCAUCUGAGCCACGCAAUAUGGCAUAUAUGAACCGCCUUGGGAUAUGGGGUGAAGGAACUCCAUUUAGGGAGUUCAGUGACUUUAUUCAGGCUGUUGAAAGAAGGGGUGUAGGUGCCAUGGAAAUUGUUGCUAUGGAUAUGAAGCUACGAGGAAUGUAUAUAGCAAGGCAGCUGAGCUUUUCGGGUGUAACCUUCAAAAUUGAUGAGGUUCAGCUUUCACAUCACUAUGUUAAAAUGUACAAUAAAUCUGUAAAAAUGUGGGUAAGUGCCAGGGAGAAAUUCCAGCAAGCAGCCGACCUCAUUGAUGCUGAGCAACGGAUGAAGAAGUCUAUGUGGGGCCAGUUCUGGUCUGCCCACCAGAGAUUCUUCAAAUACCUCUGCAUAGCUUCCAAAGUGAAAAGGGUGGUACAGCUGGCACGAGAAGAAAUAAAGAAUGGCAAAUGUGUAGUCAUUGGGUUGCAGUCCACAGGGGAAGCAAGAACCUUAGAAGCUUUGGAAGAAGGUGGUGGAGAACUGAACGACUUUGUUUCCACAGCAAAGGGAGUAUUUCAGUCUCUCAUUGAGAAACAUUUCCCAGCUCCUGACAGGAAGAAGCUUUUUAGCUUGCUGGGAAUCGACUUGUCUGCUCAAAGUAAUAACAACUCUCCUAGAGACAGUCCUUGCAAGGAGGACAAAAUGAAGAAACGCAAAGGAGAAGAAAUAAGCAGAGAAGCCAAGAAAGCGCGUAAAACUGGCGGGCUAGCUGGGAGCAGUUCUGAUGAAAGCUACAGUGAGUCGGACAUCUCGGACAAUGAAGAGAGUGAUAAUGAGAGCUCCCGGUUCUUAAGCUCUGGGGAAGAUGAUGACUUCAACCCGUUUAAGGAUGAAUCUAGCGAGGAUGAUGAAGAUGACCCCUGGCUAAUUAGGAAAGAACAUAAGAAAAAUAAAGAAAAGAAAAAAAAGAAAAGCAUAGACCCAGAUUCCAUUCAGAGUGCCUUACUAGCGUCUGGACUUGGAUCCAAACGGCCCAGUUCUCUUUCUUCCACAGUAGUUACCUCCUCUACUACAAAUACGUCUGCUAACAGUAAUACGCAUACCAGCUAUGUAACAAGUCAGGAUGCCGUUGAGAGAGCCCAGCAGAUGAAAAAGGAGUUGCUUGAUAAAUUGGAAAAACUAUCAGAAGAUCUUCCUCCCAAUACACUGGAUGAACUUAUAGAUGAACUGGGUGGUCCUGAGAAUGUGGCUGAGAUGACAGGUCGCAAAGGGAGAGUCGUGAGUAAUGAUGAUGGCAGCAUCUCUUACGAGUCCAGGUCUGAGCUAGAUGUUCCUGUUGAAAUCCUAAACAUCACAGAGAAGCAAAGAUUCAUGGAUGGAGAUAAGAAUAUUGCCAUCAUUUCUGAAGCAGCCAGCUCUGGUAUUUCAUUGCAAGCAGAUCGACGAGCCAAGAACCAGAGGCGAAGGGUACAUAUGACUCUGGAGUUGCCGUGGAGUGCAGAUAGGGCAAUACAGCAGUUUGGCCGAACGCACAGGUCCAACCAAGUGACCGCACCAGAAUAUGUCUUCCUAAUAUCUGAACUGGCUGGAGAACAAAGAUUUGCGUCAAUCGUUGCCAAACGCCUGGAGAGCUUGGGAGCUCUCACUCAUGGCGACCGAAGAGCAACAGAAACAAGAGACCUCAGCAGGUUCAACUUCGACAACAAGUAUGGCCGAAAUGCAUUGGAAAUAGUGAUGAAGUCCAUUGUGAACUUAGACUCGCCGUUGGUGUCUCCACCUGCUGACUAUCCAGGAGAAUUCUUUAAAGAUGUCCGUCAGGGUUUAAUAGGUGUGGGCCUAAUAAAUGUAGAAGACCGGUCUGGAAUUCUAACGCUUGACAAAGAUUACAACAAUAUAGGGAAAUUUCUAAACCGGAUUCUGGGUAUGGAAGUGCAUCAGCAGAAUGCUUUAUUCCAGUAUUUCUCAGACACGUUAAAUGCAGUAAUACAGAAUGCUAAAAAGAAUGGAAGAUAUGACAUGGGCAUUUUAGAUCUGGGUUCAGGAGAUGAGAAAGUGAGGAAGGCAGAUGCUAAAAAAUUCCUCACACCAGGAUAUUCUACCUCAGGACAUGUUGAAUUGUAUACUAUAAGCGUGGAGAGAGGGAUGUCUUGGGAAGAAGCAACUAAGAUUUGGGCUGAACAGACUGGACCAGAAGAUGGAUUUUACUUAUCACUUCAGAUACGAAACAAUAAGAAAACUGCCAUCCUGGUGAAAGAAGUGAAUCCCAAAAAGAAGCUUUUUCUAGUAUAUAGACCAAAUACCGGAAAACAAUUGAAAUUGGAGACGUAUGCAGAAAUAAAGAAAAAAUAUAAAAAGGUUCCUUCUGACGAUGCUGUGGCCCACUGGCUAGAGCAGUACACGUCAUCAGCAGACACUUGCACCCAUGCUUACUGGAGAGGCAACUGCAAAAAAGCAGGCCUGGGCCUGGUUUGUGAAGUUGGCCUGCGCUGUCGGACGUACUAUGUCCUGUGUGGUUCAGUCCUAAGUGUCUGGACAAAGGUAGAAGGAGUUCUAGCCUCAGUAAGCGGUACAAAUGUUAAAAUGCAGAUCGUUCGGCUACGGACGGAGGAUGGACAGAGGAUUGUAGGCUUGAUCAUUCCCGCAAAUUGUGUGUCUCCCCUUGUAAACCUGCUUUCGACAUCAGACCAGUCACAACAGCUUGCAGUGCAACAGCAACAAAUUUGGCAGCAGCAUCACCCACAGAGCAUUACCAACUUCAACAAUGCAUAAGAAAAGAGAGUCUUUGGUAUUUGGCUGUACAAGCGUAUCAUUGCAUUUUUAAAAAAUAUCAGGGACAGAUUCCAAAGAAAUAACUUUCAGUUCCAUCAUGCUCUCUUAGAACUGUGCAGAAGUGGAGAGACACCUGAAGGGUGGUCAAACUGAAAGCCAAACAUUGUUUCACAGUGGUCCAUGUGUCCUUUUUUUACCCCCCCCCCCAAAUGCUCUUUAUAGAGCUGCUUCUUUUUACAAAAAAUGUUUGUCCUACUUAAGCUACAAACCAUGACUUUUUGUUUUUGAAGAGGCUUGAAAAUUCCCAACCAACCUAUCCAUUCACCUUGUCAUACAGUGCUCAGGGUUUAAUGCAGUACAUCGGUGCCAUUGCUGCGGGAGAGGUCCUCAGAUGCAUGUAUUUUGAGUUCAUAUUGUAGAGAUGAUAUAUAUAAUUGUGGCAACACAGGUCUCAAUAAAAAAGUACAUUUAUUUAAAAAGCAGCAUGAAAAUUUAAAAGUUUGCAAACCACACAUUCAAGUUUGUUCCCCAUUUUUGUUUGGGCUGUGCAUGUCUUUGGAUUAGGCAUGAGCAGGAUCUCCUACACAAAAAGUCAACGUGGAAAAGGAAGAGAGAGACAAUCUCAGUACAGCAUUGAGGAUUGCAUUUUAAGAAAAAGGCCCAGCAAAUGCAUUUUCUGGCUUUCUUCUAGAGGUUAUAUAUUUGAAUCUGCAACAUGUUUGUGUGCGUAUGUGAUGAAAACAUCUUAAAUUUUUAAAGUUCCUUUUUUUAAAUGUGUUAAUGGUGUUCCUAAUUGUGUGCUGCAAGAAUGGCUUUAAAAAAGCCUGAUUUAUUUUCUUUUUUCUUUCCUUCUCAAAUUUUUCUUUUAUCCAGUGAGGUUUUUAGGAAACACAAGUGCAAAUUUACUUCCAUUUCACAUUACAGCCCUUUUAAAAAAAGUUUUCGUUUUUUGUUACUCAAUACUUGAGCUGUAAAUGAGACAUGGGGGGGAGGGGGGCAGCGGCACAUGAGGGUCCGAUGUGUAUGCUGGGUUGAUUUUUUUCCCCCCGUUGCCCCGUAACUUGAAUACUUUUGUUUAUGUUGUAAGACAUUGUAGAGUUUAUCCUGGAGCUGUUUAAAAUUGUAAAUGUACAAAAUGUGAAUAGUCACUUAUCUAAAAAAUAUGGGUAAGUUUUGUUUUGCCUAUAAUAGUAGAUGUUUAUAAAGAAAGUGAAGGACAAUGUUUGUCAUUUUUCUUCUUGCUUGCACAGGUUGCACUAUUGAAAAUUUGAGAUUGUAUAAACCUGUCCACAGAACUGCAAGAUACCAAAAUCUUGUAGGUGUCAAAUAAAUAAAAAAGCUAUUGUUCUAACAA